ACAAUGGUACUGGCAACUAUGGUGAAAAUUUACUUCCUGAAACUGAAUUGGGAGGUGGCGAUUUAUUGAUUUCAUGAAAGAGUCAAGUCAUGAGUGCAGAGGACCCAAACCCAGCCGCCACACCCACUCCCUGUGAAGACAUCCAGGGAGAUGGACGAUGGAUGUCUCUGCACAACCGCUUUGUGUCUGACAGCAAAGACAAAGAACCUGAUGUCCUGUUUGUCGGAGACUCUCUUGUUCAGCUCAUGCACCAGUUUGGGAUAUGGCGGCAGCUGUUCUCUCCUCUCCAUGCCCUCAAUUUUGGGGUGGGUGGAGAUAAAACACAACAUGUGCUCUGGAGACUCACCAAUGGCGAGCUGGAUAAUAUCAGCCCAAAGGUUGUAGUGCUGUGGGUGGGCACUAACAAUCACGGUGAAACUGCCGAACAGAUCUGUGGAGGCAUCAUGGCGAUCGUCCAGGUCAUCAAGAACAAGCUCCCCCAUUCCCGGACUCUUGUACUUGGUAUACUGCCCAGAGGUAAAUCGCCAAACCCUCUGCGGGAGCGAAAUGCCAAGGUGAACAUGCUAGUCCAGGAGGCUGUAUCGUACGUCCCCCACGCCUCUUUCCUCAACGUGGACCCAGGCUUUGUCCACGUCAAUGGUAGCAUCUCCCAUCAGGACAUGUACGAUUACCUUCACCUGACCCCUCAGGGCUAUCAGGCUGUGUGCGAACCCCUGCACGCCCAUCUCAAGUCCAUGCUAGAAAAGCCUGCUGAGAACUGAGCAACCAGGGCACAAACUUACACUACCACAGUGGUCCUCAUCCCUGUUUACAGAGAGCAUCACACCCAGCUUAUUAACCCCUUGAAUGAUGGCGAGAAAUAAUUAUUUGGGGCUAAAAGCUGCACAAAUUACUUGCGUGAGUCGUCUCCAUGGCCAGGGUUGGUGACCACUGUUAAAGAUAAUGGGACCAUAACGUUUUUUUUCUGUUCAUGAUGCAGUGAGAAAUGUAAUGUGCUGUGCUAUAGAGAGACAAAGUCUUGCUGGUAAUCAUCUGUUCCACUAGCUUUUGGUUUUCAGUGAUUUUCCAUAGAAAGAAAAUAUUGUAUUUUUCUGCAACAUGAUGCAAAUGAGGAAUAUUACAUAGGGAACUCAUGGGCUGUGAUCCAUGGGGACCAGAGCCAAACAGUUAAAUUAUAUCUGGCAGUAUGACACUGAAAUACAUAAAUAAAUCCAGUGGUUAUAAUUAAAGUUUUUGAAAAGACACAGCAACUUUUUAAUCUAAUUAAGAUAUGCUGUAGGUCAAAAUAUUAGUUGCUGCACCAUAAAUGUUAUAACUGUGCCCCAGAUCUCAUCCUUUAACCUAAAGUACAGCACUUAUGAGACUAUCACAGCCUAAUUUACCUUUGCAUAAGGACAGAUGUCUGCUUUUCAGAAGAAGAAAAAUACCUUCUAUGACAAAAUACAUAAUCUGCCUGAGGCUACUGGAACAGGAACUAGUUGAAAAACGUUGAGGCUCUUUAGGUGUCAGGAUAUGUUUGGUAAAAAACAAAUGAAAUACAAGAGCUGCCCUUACCAGGAAAUUGCUGUAAUUCACCAUUUUCGUUUCUCAGUUUCACUAACUUCCAUAAGUUCCAUUUAUUUGGCAAUGGUGUUAUUUACCCCAUUGUGAUGUCUUGUGUCUUUUGUUUAUGUUCUUUUGAAUGACCAAAUGUUUUUGAUUGACCGUAACCGUUUACUUGCCUUUUAUCAUGUCACAUGUCUCAUUAUUGUCCAUUUACCUUUUAUUUUACCAUAUUGACAUGAGAGACUAUUUUGUUGCAAACAUAGAUGUAUUUGAGUAGGUUGUGAAGUUGGAUAGAUAUAUGUGAAGUUGCUUGUGCUUCAAGUGUAAUCUCAUCCGCAACAUAAUGGCCAAUCACACCAUUUGAAAAGGCUUUACUUCACACUAUGCUUCUGAAUCUCUUGGACAAGGAUUGUGUUACAGAACUUGAAUUAUGCUUCAGGAUGGCUGAUUGUGUAAGUGGUGAAAGAAUGCAUUAAAAAGGAAAAAUGG